GCCGAGUGCGGGACUGGGGCUCCUGGCUGUGGGUGUGGUACUGAGGCUUCAGCCGGUGCCACCAGCCUAGAGGGAGUGGAGCGAUUUUCCUUUCAGAGAGCCUACGACUAGAUUUGCAUCUUUACGUCCUGCACGGAGGCUGCUACACACAUGCAGAAGUCAUGCUGGUGGCCUGGACAGUGAAGGGAGAGAAGUGGAUUUGGGAGACAUUUAGGAGGAGGGAAGACUGCAUGUCGAGGUGGUCAUAGAAUGUUGAGUAUCACACUUUCCUACCUCGCUUUUAUUUGCGCGGGUUUAAAUGCGCCUUAACAGAACCCGUGCAAAGGCUUGCCAACUGUCUGUCUGCACCGGAUGAGUAGAGCAUCUUCCUUGGUGGCAGGUGGGUGCGAGGAGGAGGGGGCUGGGCUUUUCUCCGGACGGGUGUUUGCCCAGAAGACCAUCAUCCCUGGACUACGUUAGGAGGAAGUGGCACCGCUCCGAGGUACGGGAAGAAGGGUUAUAAAGGGGGGAGUCCACCACACAUGGUCUUGAAGAAGCUUUUAUAAAAGGCAAAGGCAUCUUUGCCGGACGUUGUUGCAAAGGAGUAGAAACAAGCAGACGAAAACAUCCCAAAGGGUAACCACUAGCGUUCCUGCUUCUUGCAACAUUCAUCCCAGGCUUCCAGCUCAGCCCGCCCCAGGCCAGGUGAUCGGCCGCCACAUCCCCUGAGACUAAAGCACCUGCUCCUCCAUGAACUUGCCAAGAGCUGAGCGGCUUCGCUCCACACCGCAGCGCAGCCUCCGGGACUCCGAUGGGGAAGACGGUAAAAUUGAUGUCCUGGGAGAGGAGGAAGAUGAAGACGAGGUGGAAGACGAGGAGGAGGAGGCGAGCCAGCAGUUCCUAGAGCAGUCGCUCCAGCCGGGGCUGCAGGUGGCCCGGUGGAGCGGGGUUGCGCUUCCCCGAGAGCACAUCGAGGGCGGCGGCGGCCCGAGCGACCCCUCAGAGUUUGGCACCAAGUUCAGGGCACCGCCAAGGUCUGCAGCGGCCUCUGAAGAUGCCCGGCAGCCGGCAAAGCCCCCCAACUCGUACAUCGCGCUCAUCACCAUGGCCAUCCUGCAAAACCCGCACAAGCGCCUCACGCUCAGCGGCAUCUGCGCCUUCAUUAGUGGCCGCUUCCCCUACUACCGCCGCAAGUUCCCCGCCUGGCAGAACAGCAUCCGCCACAACCUCUCGCUGAACGACUGCUUCUUUAAGAUCCCCCGCGAGCCGGGCCACCCAGGCAAGGGCAACUACUGGAGCCUGGACCCCGCCUCCCAGGACAUGUUCGACAAUGGCAGCUUUCUCCGGCGCAGGAAGCGUUUCAAGCGCCACCAACUGACCCCGGGAGCUCACCUGCCCCACCCCUUCCCUCUACCUGCGGCACACGCCGCCCUGCACAACCCCCGCCCAGGCCCUCUGCUUGGGGCCCCUGCCCCGCCGCAGCCAGUCCCGGGGGCCUACCCCAACACCGCCCCCGGGAGACGCCCUUACGCUCUGCUGCACCCGCAUCCUCUUCGCUACCUACUGCUCUCGGCCCCCGCCUAUGCCGGGGCACCGAAGAAAGCAGAAGGCGCGGACCUGGCGACCCCGGCACCCUUCCCGUACUGCAGCCCUCACUUGGUCCUCAGCCUUGGGAGGAGGGCAAGGGUCUGGCGUCGCCACCGGGAGGCGGAUGCAUCUCUUUCAGCAUUGAGAGUAUUAUGCAAGGGGUCAGGGGAGCGGGUACAGGGGCCGCGCAGAGUUUGUCCCCGACCGCGUGGAGCUACUGCCACCUGCUCCAGCGACCAUCAAGCCUGUUGCAUCCCCAAACCACUGCCCCUUUGCUGCAAGUGUCCGCCGCCGCCGCUGCUCGGACAAUUUUGCAGCAAUAGCAGCAGCAUCAGGAGGAGGACUGCGCCAACGGCUGCGCUCCCACCAAGGGCGCAGUGCUGGGCGGGCACCUGUCAGCCGCGUCGGCGCUGCUGAGGUAUCAGGCAGUGGCAGAGGGCUCUAGGCUGACAUCGCUGGCUGCCCCUUUGGGCAGAGAGGGGACCUCACCAGUUUUUUUAGUAUCGCCCACGCCCAGUUCCCUGGCCAACUCCGCAGGGCCCUCCUAGAGCCAGGUGGGAGUGGGGAGCGACCCGCAGCUGCUCACUCCACCUUGCGCGGCCCAUACUGGGCGUGUGCAUCUGAAUCCCGCUGGAGAGCAAACACGAACUUCUGUCCGCUGCAAAAUGGUUAGAAAGAAACAGCUGGAUUACUUUCCUCUAAAAACCACCUGAACGUAACCUUCGCAGGGUGUCAAGUCAUCUUUUCUUGCCUUCGGUUGUGGCUUCUAUGGCUUUCCCGAUUUGCACAUUUCCUGGGGUACUAUGAACGUGAGUGGGGUAUUUUGUUCUGGCAUUAAAAGAAAAACAAGCAAGCAAACAAAAACACAGCCUCCGAUGCCAAACAUGUUCCCCCUUCUUCACUUCCUUGGAACUGGAAGUAUUAUUCCUAAGUCUAGUGCAAAAUGCUUCUACUCUCUGUGUCUUCCUGAUAGGGAUGUUUAAUGUAAGUAGGAUAUUAAUUUCAGAACAUUGAUUUCUUAUCUGUGUGUCUGACGUGCCAUCUUUAAUGUUAAAAUUAAGGUGUUAAAAUUAAGCCUAGUUAUAUAGACGAAAUAAAAUGCUAGGUCACUAC